UUCUACGCUCCUUAUUGGCUUCUUACAGACCCGCAGCUACAGAAUACGAAGAUUUGACAGCACUGUAUUCGAGUCAAAAGAGAUGUGCAAGAGUGGCAUGCAAUGUAUGUAAACGUAGCCUACUUGUAUUUUGGCGUUUCCCUUAAUACUUUAUUGAUUGUGAACGCACAGCCUCGUUGACAAGUGACUUGUGUUGCUUUCUGGUCCUAUUGUUGACUUCUUUUUUUGUCUCGGCGACAAUGAAUAUACUAUUUUUAAGUUAAGUUAAGUUGGGUGUGGUUGUGAGCUUGUUUUCAAAUAGUCAAAUAUACGCUUGGCCAGGUUUUGUAUUUUGAUUGUGGUUAUUUGAUACGGGUGUACUGGAUACUUGAGCUCGCAUUUGUUUACCUGCAUGACUUAAUAGUAGGCUAUAGCUUUAUGAAUAUGUGCAAAUGAGCCUACAUAGAAAACACGAAUGAAUGUCGGGCCUUUUACCAAAAACUGUGUUCAACCCAUAUUAUGGGACUAUGGCUUGCACUCGGGCUAUGGGUAUUCGGUCAUAGACUAUUUUCUUUCUAGAUUACAGUUUAGUAUAAUUCAUCGCUAUAAGUCAUUGGAAAAUGUUAAUUAUUUAUGAGUGAGUUAUAUUUUGAAAGACAGGGCAAAAAUGUAACUAGUCUCGUUAACUUGUAUUCAAACUGAUGUAUCCUGGUUGUGUCCGAGUUGUAAUGAUAAAAUAGUGUCAAACGUUCACACAAUCAUUUACACUCGAUCACCUACUCACAUACCUGUAAAGCAUAAAGGCCUUGAGGUACAUAGCAAACAACUCAUUGAACGAUAUACACGUAUGUUAAUUUUUCACGGAAUCAGGAUCAGCAACAUCUCUCUCUCUCUUUCACUCUCUUUCUCUCACGCUGCGCACACGUGUUCAAUCAUCCAACACUGUCAUUCCUUGAGGACUAAAUCAAACAACACUGCCACCUUGUGCCUGCUCCAUAUGCAAGGCAUUAUACAGAGCCUAAAGUCAGGAAGAGCAACUGCCCACAUUAAAUUCAGAUCUCAAUUUUCAUGUGGGAAUGUGUUUGGCAUUUGCUGGUGAAGAAAUGACACCAUAAAUUUGUAUCAAAAUCAUUGCUUUAAUAGCAUUCUCAUCAUGUAUAUUCGUAUUAAUAUACUCAUUUGAAAAAUUAUUUAUAGAAAAUAUUCAUAAUUAUUAUGUGUGUAUGGUGGCUUUUUACUAAUUAAUACUAAUAAUAAAUAAAUAAUUAUUAAAUAGUACAAUUUCAAAACACAAUUACAGGAAAACAGUCCGUUUAUUUUUAAAUUAGUUUUAUUGCCAUCUUAUGUCAUGAUAAUAAAACAAUACUGACAAACAUGAAGCUAUAGAUUGAAUAGCCAAUGAACUAUGUUAUUAUGGGAUAGAAUGCUAAUAAAAUCCGUUGGUACUCCGCUGAAUCAAAAAAUUAGAGCUGAGAUCUUCCGUCAUGGGCCUCUUGAAAUCCACAUAUGAGGCUGGAAUGGAGGGAAACAAAAAAAAACAGUUAUUAUGAACAUACAUCUGCUGCUGCUAAAGACAAAGAUUUUUUUUAGUAAUGGAAUUGUUAAAAAUAACUUGUGUUAUGUGAAAUGUUAAGAACAGAUCGUCUCAUUUAAAGCUAAGUUUGUGUGAAUUCAUUUUGUCUAUUUUUUAAAGCUUGAGUGGUAAUUUAUUAAGGCAGAAUGCUUCUGUGUGGGCUCGCAUAUGGUUCGUCGAUGUGCAUGUGUGUAUUUGUGUGUAAGUGAGAGACAUGAAGCGAGUGGAGGGCGGGGUUGUUCUACUGUGAGUCUCCUCUUUGCCUCGGAAUAAUGACUGUCUUUUGUUUGCCAUUAAAAAUGGAGUCUAUUUAACUAAUCCUUGUGCCUGUACGUAUAUAAGGUGCAUAAGAUUUAUUCAUUUGUGUAUUACAGUUAUUCUUAAGGUUAAUAGCAAUGUUCUAAACAGGUUUAUGAAAUUGACACAUUUAUUACCAUCUGACUAUCAUUUGUGUAAACUUUGCGCCAGUCUCGUGUCUGCCACCGCUAUUGAAUUUGAAUCAUAGAAGGCAUAAUUCAGAGUUGCCACGAAAAUGAAAACAAAUUCCAGGCGAACUUUCAAUUCCAAACAUUUCCUUACAAGAACCGCAGGGCAAUGUGAGUUCGCUCUACUUCAAAACAUCUUAUUCAUGGAGGUCAUUACGCGGCCACAUAAUUUCACAGAAUUAUCUUGUGCUAGUUAAAAACCAUAAUGCCCCUUCGGGUCGUGUGUUGUUAUAAGUGCUUAGCUGCACAUGAAACUCUGUUACAGCUGUCACGUUACUAUUAUGGAUUUUGUUUUUGCAUAGAUACAUCGACAUAGAUGACAGGGUAGGAAAGUUGGGCUUGGAUAAGAAAGCUAGAAGACUCAUCGUUGGAAUUUGCAAUUGUGAACAUCCGUUACAAAUAAAUAGGCCAAUGAUAACAUUCAUUUAACUCGAGAAUGCGCAGACUAGGCCAUUACAGAGCACAGUUAGGAUGUGCAUUGCUUGCUUUUUUCCAGAUCAUCACAUCACGUAUAUUACGCAUUAGAAGCAAGUACGAUUUUGGCGCACAUUAGUGCGUAGUUUCGUCGAGUGUAAAGAGAAUACAGGCCAAACGGGAUGUCUAUUUAUUGCCUCUUCAAACGCUAAAACACAACCGUGCGAUUUGUCUUAAGGGCUGCAAUAAAACACUUAAAGCUCUUUCUCUCAGUCACAUCAACAUACCAACUGCAGACUAAGUGUGGUGUGUUUUACUCGCUACUUCAUUCACAAGACUGAUGCUGUAAAAUAGAUCACAUUAUUAAAAAUCUCCCCAUCAAAGGCUUUCAGUUCAAAGUCGUUGAAGCAAUAUUGAACAUCAAAGAGUCAGAUAUAUAGAUACAACCUACACUUAGUAUCUGAUCUCAAUUCCGCCAAACUACACGUCGAAUAACAUAGUCUGGUCAUUUACUUAAACAAUUAAAUGAUUUCCGAAUUGAUAAUGCUUCUUUAGUUUGCUUUUAGCAGCGUGCUUUCCUGUAGGCUAUCUAAAUAUUUUUGCGUAUCAAUGGCAUAUCGUAGGCUACUAGCGUAAUGAAAAUGUAGGCCUGAUUAAAUUAUAUAUAUAUAUAUAUAUAUAUAUAUAUAAAAAUAAAAUAAUAAAAAAAAACAUUACAAAUUAUUGCUGUAAAAAAAUAAAUUUAAAAAAAGUUUAUUGCAUUUCAAAUAUUUAAACUAGCAACUGUUCAAUUUCCACAGUCUUAAGGCUAUGAAUGAAAUAUGGUAAAACGUGAGCACCCGUUUUUCACGCAAGAAAUAUUUUUUAUUACACUUAUAUAUUACUUUUAUUAGUUUCUUUCCACAGUAUGCAUGGUGUAAUAUUGUAUAAAUUAAAUCAUAUUAAUACUUUAUGGUCCACAUCGCCAUAAUGACUACUAGCUUAUAUUUAGUGUAUUAAUUUUGCGGCCCGUAAUUUAUUUAUUUUUAUUUUUAAUUACUUUUAUUGCAGCCCGUUUUAAAUUAUUAUUAUUAUUAUUGUUAUUAUUACUACUAGGAUAAACGUCAAUAAAUUAACUUCGGAAGAUAUUUAAUCAUAUUCAUAUGCAGCAGUCAUAAACUGAUGAAAUAGCACUUACCAUACUGAUGUUUAGAUAUUCUCCUAGUAGAGAUUUACCUAGAAGGGUUGCAUUUUGUCGCUCUUAAAUUUUGUCCAAAAUAUGACAACCCAUCAAAAACAUUAAUCCUUGAUACUGAUUGAUCCAGUUUUUAGGUGAGCUACGUUAGGAUAUAAAGAAAAAUGUAUGCAUUUAAUCAGUCGUUAAGCAGAUUAGCCUGUUUUAUAGCUGCUAAAUGCCUUUUCUCACUGUCGGGCUGGAAGUAAAUUUUACUGUUCUGUCAAUCUCGUGUUUUGCGCACCUCUUUCUAAACCACUGUUUUUGGCCUCACACGUUCCGUCAUGUGGCCUGCAUUAAGGUCAUGGAGCAUACCGUAACUAUUCGGUUAAAACUAGUACUUUUCCCACCACUGAUUCUUCAAACAUGAUAACGUAAAUUGAGCUUUCCAUUAAUGUAGCUGCAAUUAUUUAAUGAAGCAGAACAGUUAUAUUUGUAUUGUUCAACAGAUCGUUUGCAUAAAUGAUCACUGUAAGAAAUUCUGUAAAAAUAAACCUUAUAAAUAAAAUUAAUAGUCAAAAGUAUUUAAAUUUUGUAAAGAUUUCUCAUAGUAUUGUUUUCAUUCAUAAUCAUUCUGCAUACCCUAGAAAGUUGCAUGCUAAAAAAAUGAGCAGCUUUCUGCCCACAAGAUAAGAGACUCGCUGCACAGCCCCCAUACAUUCAAAGGGAUAAUUGCCUCAGAGCUGGAAGUCCUCAGUUGGUUUUGUGACUUUUAUGGCACCAAGGCGCGUUUGACGCAUUCUUUAGUAAGAUGCCCCUUCCCCCCUCCUUACUUAGGUUCUUUUUACCAUUGAAAUUAUCAAUACAUUACAAAUGGGGAAAGGAAAAGAACAGACGUUUCCCCUUCAGCGCAAUAAAAGCCCGAGGAAAUCGGAGAGAGAAACAAACGUUAUAGGGAAAUAUAUACUGUCUGAAUAACACAAAGAAUAGUGUAGUCCUUUAACUUGUUGACUGACGACAAUGCCGCGAAUAAUUCUAAUAAUAUGACAUGAAAUGUGCAUCAGCAGAUUUAUUCACAGUUUUUUGAAUGAAAUUGUGAAAUUUGUCUUGAAAAAGGAAGGGUAAGCAAUAUUUGCGUAGAUAAGGCGUAAACAGCCUUGUAGCAAUUAGCCCUAGGUCAUUUUCUUUUUUAAAACAAAGGGUUCUAUUUAGUGGUUAAAAUCUGAGUUACAUGAUCCACCGAGGAGUUGUAAUGAAGUAAUAAAGUUGUUCCGUCAAGAAGAAAUAGGCUACAUAUAGUUAUGAUUAGUAUUGUCAUAUUAUAAAAUAUAAAUAUAUACAGCUUGGUAUACGUCACCGACAACAAUCAACUGUAAAAGUGAUCUUACUGGUAAUUCAUUAAGAUGAAAAUUAGCUCGUUGUAAAACGCACGAUUAUAAGUGUAGAUUUAUCUUCACAAUGCACGUGGAGAAGCUUUGUACCGGCGCAUAGAACAGAUUAACUCGGUGAUUAAUGCACAAAAAGGCAUAAUUGAUUGUUCGUGUGAGUGCCUAUUCUGUAUUUUUGUGUGUGUUUACUUAAACAUUAUCAACUGAAGCCACAAGGAUAAGAAGCUACAAGCUCGAUAUUCCUCCGUACACAGCGCAUUCAAUUGGCUGAAAGUGGUCAGGUGACGCUGUCAUAUUGUCCUUCCAUGAGCCAAGCCUUGGCUAUAACACUUGCUUUGCGCGUCUUAACCGGAGACUGGAAAUUAAUAUUAUUGAAAUCCUUCUGAAGUUCAUUUGAAAGAGAGUUAGGAGAGCAGGCGGGAGACGUGUGUAUGUGACAGAAGGAAGCAGACCCCAAAGCACAGAGAAAGAAAGUGUAAGAUUAAGAGAGGGGAAAUAAGAUAGGAGGGUGAGUUGAUGAGAGGGCGAUAGGAAAGGUAUGAAUUCGUAUUUCGCGAACCCGUCGCUCUCGUGCCAUUUAUCUGGUGGGCAAGAGGUUUUGCCCAACAUGCCACUGAACACGACCACAUAUGAUUCAGUCAGACAUUUUUCGUCUUAUGGCACUACAGUGACCCAAAACCGGAUUUAUGCGUCCCCCUUCUAUUCACCUCAAGAUAACGUUGUGUUUGGAUCAAGUCGAGGACCGUACGAGUAUGGAUCUAACGUGUUUCUUCAAGAUAAGGAUGUGCUUCCCAGUUGCAGGCAAACUAGUAUGGGACUCAAUGCGCAGAGCCACGUUGCCCAGGAGUACAACCUGGAACAAGCUCGUGCAGGAACACAGGAACAGAAAGGGAACAACAUUCAGAUCUACCCGUGGAUGCAGCGCAUGAACUCGCACAGCGGAGUUGGGUACGGGUCAGACAGAAGGAGAGGUCGCCAGAUUUACUCGAGAUACCAAACCUUGGAACUGGAAAAAGAAUUUCACUUCAAUCGGUAUCUAACCAGACGCAGACGCAUCGAGAUCGCCAACGCUCUGUGCCUAACCGAGCGUCAAAUCAAAAUCUGGUUCCAGAAUCGGCGCAUGAAAUGGAAGAAAGAGACCAAUCUAACUUCUACUGUACCGGGGAGCGAAUCAACGGGUACUCCUCAAGAGACCGAGAAGGAGACCGAGGAGGAAACCGAGGAAGCUAAAAAAAAAGAUUAGGAAAUCCAUUUCUCGUUCUCGAACGCCUGUUAACUGCAACGUAACUACCUAAACUCUGAGAAUUUGCAAAUAUUAAUGCAUGGACUGUAUACUCUGCUAUUCCUUUGACUGCCCCCUCCUCCUCCGACCUGAAUACCAUACACAAGCUCUACAACAACCACCACGCCACUAAAAUAUACACACGUUGAAACAAAUGGAGAGAUUAAGAGAGAGAAAGACGCACAUGUUAUCCACCAUAAUGUAAUUCACUUCUCUUUGUAUUGAAAAAAGCUCCUUAUUGGCUGUGUGGUGACAAUGCCACAGAUGAACUAUUUGUGUGGUUCUAGUAUUAUCAUGUUGCUAUAGGCUAGUAGAAAUUACAUUAGAUGAAAAUGUAUUCGAAUUUGAUAAGUAGGCUGCGUCUCCCCAACUAUUAAGCCUCUAAACAGUACCCUAAGCAUUCCAGAAGUGAAGGAAACUUCUUAUAUGCACAUUCAGUUUUUUGUGGAUGCAUAUUUGUACAAUGAAACAAGCACUGACGGGAUGAACUAUACUACCUAAAUCCUUAAUGCAUUUUUUUUCUUUCUUUUUUUUCUUAAUAUUGCCUUUGCCCUGUCAGUGUUCUGUUGUUGAAAAUGCCGCUGUACUGGCGCAUUAACUAUGAGAGAACUUCAAAAACAUACAUUUCAUCAUACUUGUAGUUGUAUGCAUAUAAACUUGUCUUAAAGUGUGAAUCACACCCAUAUGAAAACAAACAUAUACCUUGUUACGCAAUUAUAUUGUUUAUGUAAACUGUGUAUUAUUUAAUAAAAUUGAUGAAAACAAAAAACUGUAUUGUUUUGACUCCAGCUUUUUUCACGCAUCAUAAAGGAUUUCAGAACUGAGAAAAAAUUAUAAGGCUUUACACACUUUUUCGCUUUGAAGAAGUUUUUAUUUACGAACUUUUAGGCCCACAUAUUUCUGUGAGUUUUUGAUUCAAAUCCACAUUAACAACAAAUGAAAUUCAAGGUUACAUCGGACUUUGGUUUAUUCUGUAAUUGUACUCAUUUAACUACAAUUUAACUUGUCCAAACUCCAGUUAUUUUAAUGGAACAAUGCACCCAAUUAUUGU